UCACUGACACAGGCGCACCCUCCCUGCUCUUACGCGCGGUUCUGAAUGGCUCAGUCACUGGGAGCCAGAGAGAUUCCGCAAGCCCUGGGGAUUCUGGCACAGCUCUGAUGACAGCGGUCCUCUUCGGGUGGAAGAGCCGUUUGAAAUGCUUUCUGGGAAAGGAUGUCUCCUGCGAUCUCCUGACAGAGCCUUUCUCUCUCUCUCCUCUCUCUCUCUCUCCCUCUCUCAUUCUCUCGCUCUCUCUCUCUCCCCCUCUCUCAUUCUCUCACUCUGUGACAGAAACCCACUCUUCUUCAGCCAAACAAACUCACCAUGGUUGCCACAACAUUGCAUGGACAGGACAGGGGAGACUGUUCCUCGCAAAAGGUGACUGGCCUCAUUCGUGCCAUCUGAUCAAGCUCAAAGGAAUGCACCCUGUAGCCGGUCUGCUGAUUUGACGCUUUCGAUACAGAUGGCCGACCCUUGUGUCAGAAGCCGCCUUUCGGAUGGUGCCAGAUUCUAGAGUGCGGAAUGGAAACGGUAACCAUGGUGACUCUGGAAGGAGUGCAGACGUUGUUGAAGACGGUGCCGCCCGUGGUGGCCUUUUCGGUGCAGGAGUCCUCCGGUGGCAGGGCCGUGGUCUUCGCUUCGCCUCUGGGCGAGCGAGCGCUGGAGAACGGGGACUCCGGUUGGUCUCCUGGACCGCCGCACCGAGCAGUCGAUGACCCGUGUGGGGACAGACUCCUGGGGCAGCGGGAUAGAGGCGUGGUUGGAGACCCCAGUGAGAGUGACAACAUAGCCUUUUUGCGGGGGUGCUUAGAUGUCCCGGACCACGAUGCUGCUCUACUGGAGGAGCCUGUUGAUUUGGGUCCGGUCUCCACCUCACUGGGCUUCGCCGAGGAGGAGCCAGGCAAGGCAUCUAUUCCGAAGAAUUCACAGAGGAACCUGGGAAAAAUUCCCGCCUUGCGUGAUUCCCGGGAAGGGCGGAGCUGUGACCGGAACGUUGUUGGCACAGGCCUGGAGGCGCAGGGCACUGCUUGCGCGGGUGCAGCGGAUUCCACUGAAGAGCCGGGCUCCUCCCCGACCCUGUCCCAUCCUCCCAGGGAGGGUGGCAUUGCACCUGCAACUCCCUGCCACCAGGGGGAGCCGGACCUCGGUGUGGAUCCUUCAGAGCGCGCUGAGGAACUCUGUGGUGGUGUUGCCCUCUCGGGGCACACGGGGCCACCUGGUCCCGUCCCGUCGGUGGUGGUCAGCUACGAGCUGCCCCGCAUCGUGAAGCACAAGCCCAGCUCCAUCGCCUUCUCCGACUACCCCGCGCCCCGCUGCGCCCGUCUCUGUGUUUCCGAGGGCCCGAGCGGAGCGGGCUCUUCCUCUGAGGAUGAUGACGACGACGACGUGUUCCCGGAGCUGCCGCAGUGCAGGGGGUUCCUGGCGGGACGGCGGAGGAGGGGCGAGCUGAAGGGGAGCGGGAUGGGGACGGGGCGGGACGCUCCCGUCGACCAGGGCUCGGUCUGCAAUGGCGGCUGUCGGGCGGAGAGCUGCAGGGAGAAGCGCGCGCAGCAACUCUCCUGCAGAUGA